AUGACUCAUUCUGAAGCUGUACAGCAGAUAUCCGCGCGGGUGGCUGAAUUCCACCGCCGUCAACAGCCCUUUCGCAUUUACCAUGGCGCAACCAAUAGCACGCGGCCCUCCAAUCACUCCGCAUCCAACACGGUCAGCACAGCAGAUCUCACCAAUGUCUUGCAGAUCGAUGCAGACAGCUGCACGGCACUGGUCGAGCCCAAUGUCCCCAUGGAUGCCCUUGUGAAAGCCACCCGAACUAUGGGCCUGGUCCCUCUCGUCGUAAUGGAAUUUCCGGGCAUCACGGUCGGAGGCGGAUUCUCCGGAACCUCGGGUGAGAGCAGCUCUUUUCGGGAGGGGUUCUUCGAUAAUACGGUCAAUUGGAUUGAAAUGGUUCUUGCUGAUGGCCAGGUGGUCAAGGCCUACAAUGACCGCGUCGAAUUGAAGGAUUAUGUCGAGGACAAACGAUCGGACUUAUUCUGGGGCGCUGCAUCUUCCUUUGGUACUCUCGGAGUGGUCACGUUGUUGGAGGUUCGAUUAAAAAAGGCGGAGCCCUUGGUUGAAUUGAAGUACUACGUCAGUUCAAACAUGAAAGAUGCAUUGCGCGACUUCGAAGAGGCUCGGGCUGAUCCGGAGACUGAAUAUCUCGAUGGCAUCGUUUACUCAAAGAACAAGAUUGUUGUUUGCGCUGGACGACAAGUGAGCAAAAGUCCCAAUUCAAUCAUCCAUCAGUUUACUCGUCGACAAGAUAAUUGGUUUUAUUUGCACGUCGAAAGGAUGACCAAAUCUCUCACCAAUCAUGCUGGUUCUCACACUCCAGAUUCAGUAAACUAUAUUCCUCUAACAGACUACCUCUUCCGCUAUGACCGGGGAGGCUUCUGGGUUGCCCGUUACGCUUUCCGCUACUUCUGUGUGCCUUUCACCUCACUUACGCGCUGGUUCCUCAAUAGGUUCAUGUACACCCGGGUGAUGUACCACGCUUUGCAUGUCAGUGGCCUCGCACGCCAGUAUGUUAUUCAAGAUGUCGGUGUACCAGUGUCCACCGCCUCCGAGUUCCUCGACUGGCUGGACCAUCCAGAGAACUUCGGGCAAUACCCUAUCUGGCUCUGUCCACUACCCCCUGGGAGCGCCGGUGGAUUGGAAGGACAGACGAUGAGGGACAGCAAAGCAUAUAACUCGGAACCAGGGAGCAAAACUCUGAUGAACUUCGGAAUCUGGGGACCAUCAACCGCCACGGGACAAGCCGAAUUUGUGGCUCAAAACCGGCAGCUCGAACACAAGGUUCAUAGCCUUGGGGGAAAGAAAUGGCUCUAUGCACACACUUACUAUACAGAGGCAGAGUUCUGGUACAUAUACAACAGGAAGGACUACGAUGCUUUGCGUGAGAAGUACCACGCACAGCAUCUUCCCACUCUGUAUGAUAAGGUACGUGUGCGCGAAUCGGAUCUCCCGGGUGCGCAUCGCGGAGAGUUCGAAAGUGGAUGGAAAGGAAUGGUGAAACGGGCUUUAUGGGAUGUCUGGCCAUUCAGUGGAUUGUAUGGCGUCUACAAAGCCUGGAGAGGAGGAGACUAUCUAUUGCACAAGGAUGUUCCUAAGAAGAAGGCCAACUAA